AUGGCCGAUGUGCCUCCCUACGCACUCUACGAUCGAAUUUUCAUCGCCCUCACCAUGGCCUGGUUUGAUAGGCUGCAGAAGAGAGUAUUGACCUCCGUCGAGUCCAAUGAAGAACUCCAGAAAGCCUGUGAGGGGUUUUUCAAUGACGCUAUUCUGGAAAGUCAAGUUUUAAACCUGGCUGCAUCAGAGAUUAAGAACGUGCCCGAGGUAUUCCACCUCCACGCUGACCCCGAUUCUAAGUGGUGGGAGCUCUCAGAGGAAGAGCGUACCAAACCUGUCCCGGAGUAUCUCGAUAAUAUUUGGACCGACUGCUAUAGCGCGGGGUUCUUGUCCUUCGACUCAGAAUACAUCACCAUGGUUCUCCUCGCGCUGCUUAGUAAACGCUUCAUCUCGUGCCAAUAUACCCUACAGCUACGAGCCAGGACGCCUCUGACUUUGAAGAAUUGGCAAUACGAAAAUCGGACAGCCAAGAUCAAAGGGAAAAUAGGUUGGACUGUGUGGUGCAACCAACGCGCUUUCCCUCGACGUGACCCUGAGACUGGAGAGCGCGUUGAGGACGAUUCCUAUAAGGUUGAAUCAUCCGUAACUCUUGCGGAUGAUCCACCAACCGAGGAAACGAGCAGGUCAUCCCGAUUACAGAGUCUAUGGGUUGCAGCCAGUCUGAGGGAGUGGCACUUUUUUCGGAUUGACAGCGAUUCCACAUAUUCACACAAGUGCUACCGAACCAGUAUUGAUUUGAUGGACAAAGAUGCCUUCCGAAAAUUCGAUCGCUUGCUGAACGAAGUCACUUCUACAAAUUCUCCAGGAUUGAAGAAAGAGGUUACAGAUGAUGAAGGGGACCUUGUCAACAUUCCUAUUGAUGAAGCGGGUGAUCUCUACUGGCACUGA